AUGGCUUUCGGAUAUUCAUCUCGGUCCAGGAGAAGAUCUACCUCUCCAGAACCGCCCACAAAACCACCACGUCCGCGUCAGCGAGCAGAGAGCACGCCUGUACCGCUGACUCAGUAUGGCUACCCACACGCGACGACGUCCACAUAUUCAGUGAACGUAAUUCAUGCUUCACAGCCUGUUGUCCCUUGUCAACGUCGACAGAGCACGUCGAUGUCCAUGGUCCGACUACCCCCUCAACCAGCUCCACCUCCACAGUCUUUUCCAGGGACUUUGGUUGUCAGUCCACAGUCAGCAUGGUAUCCUCAGCAACCACAGCCACCCCGAAGACCUUCAAAAUGGAAAUCAUAUACGAACCUCAACCAGUCUAUGUCUCAUCUUGUAUCGCACACUGUCGAGAAAACCAAUGCAACUAUCCAGGAACUUGAGCAACUCGUUCACCAAAGUUUGGGUGGUGGUGCAAAUGUGAACGAAGCUACUUCACGUUUGUUGGAUCAGGUUAUCACUUCUAUUGAUUUGGGGUCGUUUUGUGGACGAGAGAGUGAACUCAUCGCUGCAUGUGCUGUCCCUUCUCAGUCUGACAGAAGGGAUCGUCGUUCACAACGGACAGGAAAGAAAUCCACCGGGUCCGUGGAUUAUUUCUCCAAGGUGUACUUGUAUGCUAACUCACGUCUGCCGCCGCAUAUUCAAACAUUGAGAUUUUAUCCUGCGACAUAUCCUCUCCUCCAACUAGCUGCCAAGUACUCCCGACGAGCCUACGACAAACCCUCAGGCCGUGAACGACAUUCAUAUGUCAACUCCGACUGGCUCCAUGGUACAAAAGCCAUGGUCGUCAAGUCAUUGCCAAUUGAUGAUAUGAAUACAAUUGUCUUCGCCAUUCGAGGCACGCAAAGUUUCAUCGACUGGGCUGUCAAUGUCCACACGGCACCGACAUCUCCCACGGGUUUUCUGGAUGAUCCUUCCAAUUGCUGCCACUCUGGGUUCCUGUCCGUAGCUCGGAAGAUGGUUUCUACUGUUGCAGAACGACUGCGUAAUCUGCUUGAAGAGGACCCGUCUCGUAUGUCCUACUCGCUAGUUCUUACGGGUCAUUCCGCUGGCGGUGCUGUUGCUACUUUGCUGUACCUUCAUAUGCUUUCUGAAUCGCCAGCUGUGGAGUCUGAGCUCACAUAUCUUCGCGGUUGCUUUAGACAUAUUCAUUGUGUUACAUUUGGUGCGCCGCCUAUCUCACUCCGACCACUGCAGCCAUCACCCGCUGCUCUGAGGUCAAAGUCUCUAUUCUUUGCUUUCAUCAAUGAAGGUGACCCAGUAGCCCGAGCUGAUAAGGGCUAUUUCCUUUCACUGUUGGAUCUGUAUGUCUCACCUGCGCCAGGUUCAAUGCUCACUCUAUAUGAACGCAAGAAACAGCAUGCACCUAUCUACUGGAGGAUGCCUGUGUCCACUCUUGCACUGGCAGGUCGGCUUAUUAUCCUUCGGCCGAGGGAACAAUGGAAUGGUCGACCGGUUGUUGUGGCACCACCUAUCCCGGGCGGUCCUCCCACUCUGCCACCACGCGAGAAUGUGGAUGCUUGUGGUGUCACGGAUACGGACUUACGAGGUGUUGUAUUUGGAGAUCCUGUGAUGCAUUUCAUGGACUUGUAUUCUCGCCGCAUUGAUGCUAUUGCGAGAGGUGCCCCAAACAAGCGAUGA